ACAUGAACCGUGCAGGGAUCCGCGGAACAAAGAGGACAGCCCGACGCCGAGGAGAGCCUCUGCACUCCCCCCCGGACACGCUUCCCUGCGUCUGCGUGGCUGUUUGGUAACACUUUCACCGGGAGAGAGCGGCUUGUUUCCCCGCAGGAGAGAAACUCUGCUCCGGGCUGCUCGCUCUUCACCAACCCUCCUGGAUGCGCACGGGAGAGGCUUCCUCUGGAGCGAGGUUCCAUCAGGCUGAAGACGGUGCGUUACCCCCAGCUAUUUUCCACCUGGGACUUUUGGAGUUGCCAUUGCGCCCAUGAGGUAACGUCAGGACCAUCUUGGGUCCGCAUUGCCACCCUUGGUCCAUUCAUUUCCCUCCCCUCUGUCCCUUCCUCCCUUGGACCCAACAAGCCAUGGGCCAGAAGAUCUCGGGCAGCAUCAAGUCAGUGGAUGUGCGUGGAGAGCCCUCCUACCGCCCAGUGCGCCGGGAACUACGGGGUCCGGAUUUCUGUCGGCCUCCCAGACUAGACUUACUGCUGGACAUGCCAUCCGCCAGUCUUGAGACACAACUACGCCAUGCCUGGAACCCUGACGACCGUUCACUCAAUGUUUUUGUCAAAGAGGACGACAAAGUCACAUUUCACCGACAUCCUGUAGCGCAGAGCACAGACUGUAUCCGAGGGAAACUAGGCUACACCAGAGGCCUCCAUGUAUGGAGGAUCCACUGGCCAGCCAGACAAAGAGGUACCCACGCCGUUGUGGGCGUGGCUACUGCUGAAGCAUCUUUGCACUCGGUGGGCUACACAGCCCUGGUGGGCUCAGACUCCGAGUCCUGGGGCUGGGACCUGGGUCGGAACAGACUCUACCAUGAUGGGAAGAACAGACCUUCCACAGCGCCUUCUUAUCCGUCUUUCCUGGAGCCGGAUGAGUCGUUUGUACUUCCAGACUGCCUGACAGUCAUACUGGAUAUGGAUGAAGGAACGUUAAGCUUUAUGGUGGAUGGACAGUAUCUGGGAGUGGCUUUCAGGGGACUAAAGGGCAAAAAACUGUAUCCCAUCGUCAGUGCUGUGUGGGGGCACUGUGAAGUUUCAAUUCGCUACGUCAAUGGACUAGAUCCGGAGCCGCUCCCCCUCAUGGAUCUGUGCAGGCGGGUAGCUCGACUGGCUCUGGGCAGGGAGCGCAUCCACCACAUCAACACACUCCCGCUGCCGCAGACUCUGAAGAACUACCUCCAGUACCAGUGACGGCACACACCGACCCGGACGGACGACGCUGACACACGUUUGUUGCCUCCCAGCUGAACUUGACCGUGCCCACCAGACAUCUGCCGAUGUGGCGGGUGACUCUGACUACCAACGGCUGCUUAUGUAGGCGCCGCAAAGAGGGUUGUUUACAUCUUUUGGGGUUUUUCUUUGUUUGGAAGUUUUUAUGGUUUUCAGCUUCUUUUUUUCUUUUUUUUUUUUUUUAAAUGAUGAUUUUUGCUGAGCUUUUCUUAGAAAUGAUUAGAAGUGAUGUGUAAACUGAAGUGUGUGUGAGAUGAGAUUAACUGGAAACUGCUUUUCAAACCUUUUCUGAGUGGAAGCACAUGUCCUCUGUUGGAAGGCCUUACACGCUGGUGUCCUCGGGCAAGUUUACAGUCAUCUGUCGUGCACUUCUUCGGAAGCCUCCUCUGAACCAUGUUGGUAUUUAUAUUUGUAUUCCCACCAACACAGCAGGCUCUGUGGACACGCAGCAGUCCCUGUAAGCCCAGCGGCGGGAGAGAGAUGGAGAGGAAGCACCUUUUUCUGUAGGUGUGAACACACUGCACCGCGUAGAUGGUUUAAACAAGGAAAGAAAACAAAUACUGUUGCAGGUCCACGACUCGGUGACGAGUUAGAAAACCAGAUCUUGGUCUGCUGUUAAUGUCUGAAAUCAGAUCUCCUACAAGCUUCUGUGUUUGUAUCGAUUCCUCUCUCAUUCAGUUUGAAUGAAACCAUCAUCAGGCUGGUGAGCCGGUAGGAUCACGCUGCUUUCCUGCGGCUCGCUGGCUCCUCGCGGACACAUCUGGAGGUGAAGCUGUCUCCGACUGCUAAUGUGCCUGCCCUGCAACACACACACUCAAAAAACACACACUUCCACCACAUCAGAGGACGCCUCCUUCCUCCCCCAAAGUUUAACAAGCUGCUUUUAUAUGUAUUUUUUAUUCCUGAUUUACUUUUUAAAUCUUUUAUCCUCGUCUAUUUUUUUUGGAGUCGUCUGUUGGAGACGUAUCUUGUGUUGCCAUGAAAAUCUUUUUAAUGUGAAUAAGAAUAAACUUGUCUAAAACA